AUGGCGGCGGUUUUGCUAAACGGAACCAUAAAUGUAGUUAUUUUGGGGAUUGAAAAUGGCGGCAAGGCCGGUAGUAUUACCUCGAUUGCUCAAAAACAGACGGGGAAACAUGUAACUGGAUGCCAUGUAGCUAUUUUUGUGGGGAAAACCAAAUUUGUAUGCAAAAAGAUAGAACAACCCAACAAUUCUAGUUGGGAAGAGCGCUUGGAUUUUGAAUGUUGCCUUGAAGCAUCAAAAAUGGUAUUCAUCCUGCACUGUGACGACAACUAUGCACAACCUACUGGUCAGCUACCAAUUGAUGCCUUUGCACAAGCAUGGAUACUUGCUGAGGAUAUCUUGCAAAUGGGUCAUAUAGACAGAAGGGUCAAACUAGUGGAUGAAAACGAGAAGCCAUUGAAUGCGUCAAUCCACCUAUGGCUGCAGUUUUCUGAAGCUAGAAAGUGGCUAGGGUUUCCCACCAGCUGCUUUCCACAGAGAAUUGGAUGUGAGGUUACUCUUUUCCAAGAUGCUCAUACCCCGGAUGACUUUGUCCAGAGAAAAGCCGAUGCCGGACUUGGGAAAUACGAGUCCCACGGAUGCUGGAAGGAUAUGUUUGAUAAAAUCAAUGGAGCAAACCACUUCAUAUACAUUGCAGGCUGGUCUCUUGACACUAAGAUAACCCUCAUAAGGGAUCCGACGAUGAAGCCUGGAAGUGUCCUAACACUUGGUGAGCUGCUCGAGGAAAAGGCGAAAGAUGGUGUAAGAGUUGUACUACUUCUUUGGAACGAUGUAACAGCUGUUCGGUUAUUUAAAAAUCAAGGACUCAUGCGUACUUGUGACAAAGAAACCGAACGGUAUUUCAAAGGCACUGGUGUUGUGGAGUGUGUUCUACGUACUCAUGAGAAAUGGAUGUGUUCUCAUCACGAGAAAGUGGUGAUUGUGGAUUCUCCAUUGACCAAUAAUGCGAAGGAAGCGCUGGAGAAGAGAAAAUUAGUGUGUUAUAUCGGGGGUUUAGAUCUCUGCAAAGGAAGAUUCGACACUCCUUCACAUCCACUUUUUAGCACUUUGGGUCCGGACGGUGAGCACAGCAAGGAUUUUCAUCAACCCAACUUUAAAGGUACUGCAAUCACAAAAGGUGGCCCUAGAGAACCGUGGCAUGACGUGCACUGUCGCCUUGAAGGGCCUGUUGCAUGGGAUGUUUAUGACAACUUUGUGGAGAGCAUCAAGAAGGAAGGUAAAGAGGACUUACUUGUUCCAGAUAAAGAGGUUACAGAUGUUAAACAUGUCACAAGUGACCAACAAAUAAUUGAGCCUAAUCAUGAGACGUGGAAUGCUCAGUUGUUUAGAUCUACUACUGUUGUGUUUUCAGAAGCUGCUGAUAAAAAAAAAGGUUUUCGGGAGAAGAAUAAGAUGACAGAUGAGAGCAUUCAUGAUGCGAAUAUUUAUGCUAUUAGAACUGCUGAGCGCUUCAUCUAUAUUGAGAACCAGUAUUUUAUAGGAAAUAGUUCUGAAAAAACUGAUGCUUCACAUCAAAUUGCAAAGGAGCUUACACUUAAAAUUGUUAGUAAGAUUAAAGCGAAGGAAAGGUUCUCUGUGUAUGUUGUGAUUCCGAUGUGGCCAGAGGGUAUCCCAGAAAGUUCCUGUGUUCAGAAAAUGUUAGAUUUGCAGAAACGGACAAUAGAAAAGAUGUACAGGGAGAUUAAUCAAGCAAUCAAGGAAGCAGGAAUUGAUGAAGAACCUCAAAAUUAUUUGGCAUUCUUCUGCCUUGGAAAUCGAGAGGUGAAGAAGCAUGGAGAGUAUGAACCUCCGGACAAGCCAUCCAAAGGUUCCAGUUACCAGAAAGCACAAGAGGCGAGGCGCUUCAUGAUUUAUGUACAUUCUAAGCUAAUGAUAGUUGACGAUGAAUACAUAAUCAUUGGAUCAGCCAACAUCAACCAGAGAUCCAUGGAUGGUGGUAGAGACACUGAGAUUGGCAUGGGAGCUUACCAACCCUACUAUUUGGCUAGAGGGCCAAACGGUGCAACGGGCCAGGUGCAUGGUUUCCGCAUGUCCUUGUGGUUGGAGCAUCUUGGCAAACAUGAAAGCACCUUCCUCAACCCUGAGAGUAAAGCAUGUAUUGAGAAGGUCAACCAGCUUGCUGAACAGAAUUGGAACUCAUAUUCCCAUAUAUCUAGCGUUGACCUUCAUGGCCACCUUCUUCGCUAUCCUUAUCACAUUUCUGACGAUGGAACCAUCACAGAGCUUCCUGGAUUUGAGUUCUUUCGCGACACCAAAGCUAAGAUUCUAGGAAAGGAUGACAUAUACAUGAGGCUUCCAUUUGUUGAGGAUCUUCUUCUAGGUUGAGGUAUUCCUUCGUUGCUUUAUU